AGCAUCAUCCAGGUGGUUUUCCACGACCGCCGACUGCAGUACACAGAGCACCAGCGGCUGGAGGGAUGGCAGCGGAGCCGGCCCGGACACCGAAUCCUGGACAUUGAUAUUCCACCGUCUGUUGGUAUCUUGGACCCCAGGGCCAGCCCAACACAGCUGAACGCAGUCGAAUUUUUGUGGGACCCUUCAAAGAGAGCCACUGCAUUCAUUCAGGUGCACUGCAUCAGCACGGAGUUCACCCCCAGGAAGCACGGGGGUACAGGAGUGCCUUUCCGAGUGCAGAUCGAUACAUUUAAGCAGAAUGAGAAUGGGGAGUACACAGAACACUGGCACUCAGCCAGCUGCCAGAUCAAGGUGUUUAAGCGAAAGGGAGCUAACCGGAAACAGAAGACCGACUGGGAAAAGAUGGAGAAAAGAACUGUCCAAGAAAAAGAGAAGUACCAGCCAUCCUACGAGACCACCAUUCUCACAGAGUGCUCCCCGUGGCCUGACAUGGCCUACCAGGUGAACAGCGCCCCAUCUCCAAGCUACAAUGACUCUCCAAAUAGCUUCGGCCUUGGUGAAGGGAACAGCUCUCCGACACACCCGGUGGAGACCCUGCCCCUGAGCAACGAUCACCUGCUCCCAUCAGCCUCCAUCCAGGAUGCCCAGCAGUGGCUCCACCGAAACAGGUUCUCACAGUUCUGUCAGCUGUUCACCAGUUUCUCAGUGCUGCCCAUUGGUCACAUUGUCUCUGGAGCCACGACCUUUGAGAAGGUGGUGAAGCCACAGGGGAGAAGGAGAAGCUGGUUCUUCCUUCUCUGA